AUGGAGGCAGCGGACGGAUCGGCCCUCAUCACUCCUUCGCAAGCCUCCGUCUCCCGGGUGCCCUCGCCGUGCCCCCAGAUUUAUGGGGUUUGGGCUCACCAGGACUGCGAGAAUGGGCGUUUCACCGCGGCUGGAGAGUGCUGCCACCUCUGCCCCCCCGGCUAUGGGGUCGCUGUCCCCUGUGGCAGCAGCAACACCCAGUGUGAGCCAUGCCAGGAAGGUGUGAUGUUCUCCGCCGUCGCCAGCGCCACGGAGGCUUGCCGCCCGUGUACCGUGUGCCCGGGCCACGUGCACACACAGGAGGCGUGCGCCCCUGCGCGGGACAGAGUCUGUGCCAGCGGCUGCCCGCAGGGGCAGUACCUUCCCCCGGGAAACGGGAGCCACGGCAGCCGGGCGUGCCUCCCCUGCCGGCUGUGCCACGAGGGCUACGGGGCGGCCGAGCCCUGCGGCCCCGGCACCGACACCACGUGCCAGAAGUGCCCGGAGGGCUUCUACUCGGAGGUGAAGAGCUCCUCGGAGCCGUGCCUGGCCUGCCAGGAGCAGUGCGGCGAGAACGAGGUCAUGAUCCAGGCCUGCAGCCCCUUCUCCGACACGCUGUGCAUGGAAAAGGAGCUGCAGAUCCUGAAGCGCACUGAGGGAGAGACCCGAAAGACGAGUCGGAGUUUGCCCCCCCCGCUGGUGGAGGACAAUGGCAAGAACAUCAUCCCGGUGUACUGCUCCAUCCUGGCAGCCGUGGUGGUGGGACUCCUGGCCUACGUGGCCUUCAAGUGCUGGACCACAUGCAAGCAGAAGCACCAGCUGGCCAAGGCCCGGGCGGGCGAGGCGGGCGCCUCCCCGGAGGGCGAGAAGCUGCACAGCGACAGCGGCGUCUUCCUCGACACCCACAGCCUCCAGGAGCACCACCCGCUCAGCAAGGGUAAGGCGGAGCCCCGGAUGUACGCGAACCUCCCGCCCCACAAGCAGGAAGAAGUGGAGCGCCUGCUGGAGAGGCCCCCCCACUGCAAAGACUGGCGCCGCCUGGCCACCCACCUGGGCUACGAGGAGGACGCCGUGGCCACCUUUGGCCGGGGGGAGGCCCCCGCCCACACCCUGCUCUCGGAUUGGUCGUCCAGGGAGGGGGCCACGCUGGAGGCGCUCUGCACGGCCCUGGAGGCCAUCGAGCGGGCCGACGUCGCGGAGAACUUGAGCGCCCCCGCCGAGGUCAGCUCCGUGGUGUGA